AUGUGCUACACUCCGACACAAAUAUUACUCAGUUCGUUUUCAUUACGUGCAAGUGCCAUCGCACGCGGAGUUGGAGACUUAACAACGGACGGGAUUAAGUUCACGAGGUGUAGAUUAGCAACGGCGUUGCAAAGAACUAGAUUGAUCGAGAAGACUUUCCUCGGCAAUUACAUCAUGCGCGACGCUCGCAUGCAUUUUGUUAUACUGCUCUGUUUAUUACUUACGAAUGUGCGUGCGAAAAGGUUUGAAACGAGAUGCAAGCUAGUGCGGGAAUUGCUGCGUGUGAAUAUCUCUAAUGACGCUUUCCUCGGACAGUGGGUUUGCCUUAUAGAGAAAGUUAGCAACAGAGACACUAAAGCCUAUACAGUUACUCCAAGUGGAAAGAAAAGCUAUGGAUUAUACCAGAUUCCCAGUCGAUGGUGCAGGGAGGGUAAAAAGGGAGGGGAAUGUAAUAUUCCUUGUGAAGCGCUUCUAGACGACGAUAUUCGGGAUGAUACGGUCUGUGCCAUAAACAUAUUUAAUCGAGAGGGUUUUAAAUAUUGGAACCAGUGGACAGUAAGAUGCAAGAAUGACAAGCUUAUAACAAACGAAAUUUAUAAAUGUCCGGACUUGAUGGGACAACGGACGAGAAUAAAACGAGACGCACAGAGGAGAUCGAAACUUCACUUAGCGAUAAACGACCUUCAUCGUUCAUAUUUAUAUAGUUAUUAUUUUAACAAUAUAACCAAUGAAUUAAAUCAUCUAGAUCGU